UUUUCUUACAUACGUUAAAGAAAGUCUAAUUUAUAUUAUUUAUUUCCAAUUUUUUUGGCGCCUUGUUUGGAAUAAAAUCAUCAUCCCUGCAAAAAAAAUCUUGUCAUCUCUUCUCAAUUCUAUCAUCCUCAUAGAAAUUCCGCAAUUCGAGGAUCUUCCAUUUUUACCAAUUCCUCUCUCUCUCACACUUACACACACUUUCUCUCUCACACACACACAGACGCUGCAACAUGGGGUCUUCUUCCAUAACAAGAUCCCACCUUUCUCCAUCAUUCUUGUUCGCAAAACCAUUAAAUUUUAUCCCAUCAACCCCUUCAAACAUCCAACUAAAUCCAUCAAAAAACCCACCAAUUUUAAGAUUCGCGUUCAACAAUCCCAAAUCAAGAAAACCAAACCCUAAAAAAUCCCCUCUCUCCUGCUUCACAUUUCCGACAAAAUCAACAACCACCGUCUCGGAAAAGGUAAAAAUCCUAGAUUUUGAGUUCAAAUCACUGCCGGAACCAAUCGACAGAGUCAGAAAGCUGCUGCACUACGCCGCCAUUCUGCCACCAUUCGACGAAGCCUCGAGAAUUCAAGAAAAUCGUGUCUUCGGCUGCACGACUCAGGUUUGGCUGGAAGCGAGGAUGGAAUCAAAUGGGGUGAUGAGAUUCAGUUUGGACAGUGAUUCUGAGAUCACAAAAGGGUUCUGUUCUUGCCUGAUAUGGCUGCUCGACGGGGCCCACGCCGACGAUGUUUUGAGUGUGAAAGCAGAGGAUUUGGUCGAGAUGAACGUUGGGCUGCCGAGCAGGGGCAAUUCCAGGGUGAACACGUGGCAUAAUGUGUUGAUCGGUAUGCAGAGGAGAACUGUGGAUCUUGUUGAGCAUCAUCAGUCUUUAGAUCCCCUGUUUUCUUCUUGUUCUUGAUGUUUUAGAUUUCUUUUGAUUUGAUUUUAAUUUUGGGUAAUUACCGAAUUGCCAUAGUGGGAUUUGUACAUUGUAGUGAUGUUGUUUGCUGCCAACUUUCUGCAUAAAAAAUGCUAUAUACUUUGUUAGUGAAAGUUGUUUGCA